AGCCCUAUUUUUAGUCGCCUCCUGGUCGGUGGAUCGUCGGCUUCACUCGCGGGGUCGCGGGAGUAACGAUGGGAGUGCUAGCGAGGUGCUGUCUAUGGACAGUACUCCUGCUAUUGCUGUGCGACUGUGUGCCCGUCCUCGCCGCUAAGAAGGCUGCCGAACCUGCACCGCCGGCGGCCAAGGAGAAGAAGCAUUCCGAACCCGUGAUCGAGGAAGUGACCGCGAAGCAACUCGAACGAGUUCUCAACGAGAAAGACUUCGUGGCGGUGUUUUGGUAUGCGAGAAGUUGUAUAACAUGUGAUAAAGUGUUAGAAGAAUUAGAGAAGAUUGACGAUGACACGGACUCAUUCGGUGUGGACUUUGUCAAGAUCAACGACAAAAGACUGGCCAAGCACUACGGGAUCAAGAACUUCCCCGCUCUCACCUAUUUCCGCGAGAAAGAACCCAUCAUCUAUGAAGGUGAUCUAAUGGACGAGGAGGGUGUCCUGGACUUCCUGACAAGUCUGGAAGCGAUGGAUCUACCCGACAGGAUAGAGGACGUCAACGCCAGAAUCCUCUUGAAGAUUGUAGAGGACACUGACUACGUCGCUGUUCUAUUUUGUCCAGACAUGUGUGGUCCUGGCCCUGGCUCUAACAAACCACAGUGCAAGAAGUGUCAGAAGGCGUUGCAAGAACUGGAGAACAUCGAUGACGAGGCGGAUCAACUGGGCAUUGGCUUCGUGAAGAUCUGCGAUGAAGACCUAGCAGACGAAUACAACCUAGGAGAGCUGCCGAAACUGGUCUACUACCGACAUCAGAUACCCAUCAUAUAUGAAGGUGAGCUGACCCGUGAGGAAGAUGUGCUGGAGUGGCUUGUACAGAACAAAUCAACCGGAGACGAGGAAGACGUCAUCGAGGAUGUGACCGCCAAAACUCUGGAAACUCUCAUUGGAUCCAUCGAUAAUCUUGUUGUCCUCUUCUAUGACAAUGAUGAUGAAGAAUCGAUGCAGGUGCUGGGAGAGCUAGAGAAGAUCGAUGAUGAUUGUGACAAGCACGGCAUCCAGUUCGUUAAGAUUGACGAUGUCAAAGCAGCCAAAGACUUUGGUAUUGACGAGAUCCCCUCCAUCGUCUACUUUGAGAAACAGAUUCCGAACGUUUAUGAUGGUGACAUUGAGAAUGAGGAUGAGAUCUUGGAGUGGUUGGUAGAUCAGCUGGAGCGUGAUGAGAUUGAGGAUGUGACGGACGAAAUGCUCGACCGGCUGGUCAAGGAGGGAAAGACCCUCACUGUAUUGUUUUACGACAAUAACGAUCGCAAGUCUCAGCGUGUUCUCAACGAGUUGGAGAACAUUGAUGACGAAUGCGACAAGUUGGGCAUUGUGUUCGUCAAGAUCGACAACACAGAGGAGGCAAAGGAAUACGGCAUUGAGAAAAUCCCGGCCCUCAUGUACUUCGAGAAGGGCAUUCCAAUGAUGUAUGAAGGUAACCUGGAGGAGGAGGAGAAGGUGCUCAAGUGGUUGGAACACCAACAGAGCAAUGAUGAGAUUGAGGAUGUGACGGAUGAGAUGCUGGAUAUGCUCAUCUCCAAGAUGUCACACGUUGCUGCUCUCUUUUACGAUAAAGACCAAAAGAAGAGCCAGAAGGUGCUGGCUGAGCUGGAGAACAUUGACGACGAAUGUGAUCAAAACGACAUUGCUUUCGUAAAGAUUGACAAUGACGCCGAAGCCAAGGAAUAUGGCAUUGACACCUUACCCGCCCUUAUUUAUUUUGAAAAACGCAUUCCAUAUUUGUAUGAUGGUGAUCUGACCAAGGAGGAGGAUCUCCUUAGUUGGCUGAUCCACCAGAAACGUCACAGUGAGAUUGCCGACAUCACCGACGAAAUCCUAGACAAACUAAUUGAAUCUGUGGACUACCUCGCCGUCCUGUUUUACGACAAGGAAGACAAACAGGACAUCCGAGUUUUGAAUGAGCUGGAGAAUAUUGAUGAUGACUUGGACAAGGAAGGGAUCACCAUGGUCAGGUUGGACAACCUGGAGGAGGCGAAGCAGUACGGCAUCGACCACCUGCCUACACUGCUGUACUUUGAGAACAAGAUACCUGCCAUAUACGAGGGUGAUCUUCUGAAUGAGAAUGAAGUGCUUGAAUGGCUAAUAGAGCAGAAGGAGACUGCAACUAUUGAAGAAGUAACUGAUGAAAUUCUCAAAGACCUGAUUGAAGAACAUGAAUACGUAGUUGUAUACUUUAGUGGCCGCUGCGAGGAGGGCCAGGAAUGUGAUAAUAUCUUAGAAGAGUUGGAAAACAUUGACGAUGAGCUUGAUGAGACAGGAAUCAUCUUUGUCACCACCGAGGACACAGGCUUUGCCAAGAAACAAGGCAUAAAAACCUUCCCAUCACUGAUCUUCUUCCGGAACAAGGAACCUCUAACUUACAAAGGGGAUAUUGAGGACGAAGACGAAGUAUUGACAUGGCUCACUGAUGAAGAGACUCUAGAGAUCCCGGGACGCAUCGAGGAAGUCAACACCAGGAUGUUGGAAAAGAUCUUGUCUGAAAAUGAGAACGUUGUUGUGUUCUUCUAUAAAGAAGCUGACAAAAAGAGUCAAAAGAUCAUCCAGGAACUUGAAAACAUUGAUGAUGAGUGUGAGGAGAAAGAGAUUGACUUUGUGAAGACUUCGGACGAAGGAGUCGACAAAGAGUACGAUCUUCCAUCACUACCAACUCUGGCCUUCUACAGAAACAAGUUUAGGAAGAUCUACCCAGGUGAUUUGAUGCAAGAGGAGGCCAUCUUGGAGUGGGUUCUGGAGCUGUCUGAGUCAAGUCCAGACGUCAUUGAGAGUGUGGAUCGCAAGACUCUUCAAAUGUUGAUAAAUGAUGUUGAACACUUGGCGGUAUUCUUUUAUGACGAUGAUUGCGAGUCUUGUGAACAGAUUCUCGAGGAGUUGGAGACAAUAGACGAUGAUACGGACGAACACGGCAUUCAGUUUGUCAAGAGCAAAGACUCCAAGUUGGCGUCAGAAUUGGGCAUCUUCAGCUUCCCUGCGCUAGUAUACUACGAGACAGGAGUCCCCAUCAUGUAUGACGGAAAAUACAGAUCUGUAAACAUAGCCACAGCAGAAGAAGGUAAUCUGUUUGAUGAAGACGAGGUACUACAUUGGAUGAUCAAGCAGAAGACUGACGAGAGUAUUGAAGACAUUGAUAGAGAAACGUUGUUUGAGUACAUCGACACUAAGGAGUUCCUGGCAGUGGUGUUUUACUUGGAAGAGGACCCGUUCACAGUCAAAGUGCUGCGUCAUGUUGAGUUGAUUGAUGACGAAGCGUCCGAGUACGGGAUCAAGAUCGUCAAGUGUUCUGACCGACUCAUGGCCAAGAAGUACGGCUAUCGCAACCCUCCUGGUGUCACGUACUUCCGCAAAGGGAAAUACAUCAACUACGAUGGAGACAUUGAUGAUGACGAAGAGCUUCUUGAUUGGCUGACAGAUCCACAAAACAUGGAGCUGACGGAACACAUAGAGAAAGUCAACCGGAAAAUGUUCAACAAAAUACGGCAGACAUCUGAUUACAUCGCAGCAUUCUUCUACAGUGACGACUGCAAGCAGUGCGACCGAGUGCUGGCCGAGAUAGAACACAUUGAUGACGAGGCCGAGGGUGCAGGAAUAGACUUUGUCAAGAUUGACGACAAGCAGAUGGCUAAGGAGUUCGGAGUCUUUGCUCUGCCCGCUGUACUGUUUUUCAAAAUGAGCUCCAAGGAACCCGUCAUCUAUGCUGGUGACCUAUACGAAGAACAAGACAUUCUGAACUGGCUGCUCACACAGAAGGAUCCGUCAGGCGAUGUCAUCGAUGAAGUCAACGGAGACGAGCUCUUGAAAACAAUUCAGGAAUCUGAGGCCUUGGCAGUUUAUUUCUGGAACAAGACUCUUUGCGACCUAUGCAAUUCCAAGGCGUAUCGCAAGCAACAGGCUAAGAAACAUCUGGAGGUGGAUCCGGCAGUGGAGGAAGACACGGAAGAUAGUGAGGCAGACUCCUUGAAUGAUCAUAACCCUGACAAAAGUGACGAAUGUGACCAAUGCAAGGAGAUCUUGGAAGAGUUGGAGAACAUUGACGAUGAUUGUGAUCGUCACGGAAUCACCUUCGUCAAAACACAGGACUUUAAGGUGGCCAUGGAUUUUGGUGUGAGUGAUUUUCCAUCGCUAGUCUAUUUUGAACAUCAAGUGCCAAACGUGUUUGAAGGUAUCCUGACCGAGGAGGAGGAAGUGUUGCAAUGGUUGAUAACUCAGAGGACCGAGGACAGAAUUGAACUGAUAACAAGAGUAAUGCUGGAGGAGAUGGUGGAGGGAACUCAGUACCUGGCUGUGUACUUCUACAAGCUCAACUGCCACAUCUGUGAUGAGAUUCUAGAAGGGCUGGAGAAAAUUGACGAUGAGUGUGACGUGUUCGGUAUCCACAUGGUGAAGAUACAGGAUCCGCAACUCGCCAAGCGAUACUCCAUCAAAACAUUCCCCGCCAUGGUGUACUUCCGCAACGGAAACCCCCUGCUCUUUGAAGGUGACCUCCAAAAUGAAGAGUCUGUGCUGGAGUGGCUGGUAGACGAUGACAACAGAGAACUAGCAGACGAGAUAGAACAGGUCAACAACAGAAUGCUGGAACGUCUUCUUGACCAGUCUCUCUAUCUCGCUGUAUUUUUCUAUGAUGAAGAUUGUCCUGAAUGUGAUGAGAUUCUGGAAGAACUGGAAAUGAUUGAUGAUGAGGCAGAUCUGUAUGGUAUUGACAUGGUGAAAAUCUCAGAUCCAGAAGCAUCUGCUAGAUACAAUAUCAUCCACACGCCUUCACUGAUCUACUUCCGCAAGAGAGUUCCUCUAGCUUAUGAUGGUGAUUUACUGGACGAAGAAAAGCUUUUAGCCUGGUUGACAUCACAGGAGAUAUUUGAACUAAAAAAUGAAAUUGAAGAAGUUAAUAGAAAAAUGCUUGAUAAGCUGCUAGAUGAGAAUGAGUUCCUGGCAGUUUACUUCUAUGAAGUUGACAAUGAUGAGAGUAUGGAUGUGUUGGAACGGUUGGAGAAGAUCGACAGUGAGACAGACAACAUGGAUGUGACGAUAGUCAAGAUGGGCGACCCUCGCUAUGCCCGCAAGUGGGGCGUCACCAAACUUCCCUCGGUCGUCUAUUUCCGCAACCGAUUCCCCAGCAUCUACAGAGGUGGGUUUGAGAACGAGCUGGAUGUGCUAGAGUGGUUGCGCAAGAAUCGCUACAGACAACCUGAGCUGAAUCUCUUCAUGUACGCUUUGAUCGCCAUUACUCUCGCCUUCGUCAUGUACACCGUCUUCCUCAUCUACGGCUUCCAACAGCCGCCAAAGGUCGCGUGAGCUCAACUCGGCUCCUCACGGAGCUAACUUCCAACUGUUUGAAUCUCAUCGCAGUCGUGUUGCGAUUGUUAUCGGAAACAUAGUUUUUAAAAUAAAUUUUCCAUUUUUGAAAGCAAAAUUGACAAGUGAAUUACUAAAUUGACUUGGUGUUCUUAAAAUUUGAUGAAACUUUUUAACAAGUUAAACAGUGUUUUGGUUGGAGUUUUAACGACAUUUUUCACACCGAUCGGUGACACGUGUUAGCGUUGUUUACAUUUCAUUGCCGAGGGCCCGUGACAUAGUCACAACCUGUUCCAGCCCUGGGACCAAUUACGGAGAAGAGGCCUUGAUCACGUUAGAUGUAAUUAGGUAUAUUUGCCGGUGAAACUACUUUCCUUAUUUUUGUAAAAUAAGGGAAUCGUAAGUUUGAACGUGUAAACUCCCCGUUAAUAGUUGUUGAUUCCUAUUGUUUUGUAAAUAAUACGAUAUUGUUUUUUAAUAUUAAGUUGUUUAUUUGUCUUAAGCCAUGCGUUGUUUAAUGUAUAGUUUGAAGUGGGAUGUUAUAUACUGUUUGUGCCUUUAGUGGUGUAAAUCUAGUCCUCAUUCAAGAAACAUUAGUUAAGUUCCAAGUUUUUGUUGGUUACCAAAUUAAUCAGCCAUUUAUCAUGAAUUAAUCUUUAUUUCUAUUUAGUUAGAGGUUUUUAUCCGUCUGUUUUAUCAACCAGGUAAAAAGAUUCUAAUUGAGCACUUUACUAAUUAAUUUUAUACAUUAACAUGUUGAACAUGUCUUCUUUUCCAUGCAAUGGCCUUCAUAAACCCCGUUCAAAUUCAAUGACAAUUAUUAUAUCUCACAUUUCAUUACCGGUAACUUAUUAAUUUACUCACACUACACACCAACCUCCAGGAAAGUUUAUUGUGCUUGUAUUCAAUUGUAACAGUGAUAAAAGCAAACAAAAUCUCUUAGUAAAAUUAGCUUUUUCCAUUGUUAAAUUAACACACCGUGAUGCAACCACCCCAACCACAAACUAAUUUAGCAUUGACUGAUAUCAUUGCACAAAGAAGCACAACUUUAAAUUUGUUAUAAAAGUUGUUUUGUUCCACUAUCGUUUUUCAUAACUAAGUUACUAAAUUUAAAAAACAAUCUUCUUAUGCAUUUAAUUUUAUUCAACAACUGUCUAGUUUUAAAAUACACCUCCGUGGUUGAACCAUUGGCUGUAUGUACUCUUUUUGAAUAGAUUACAAUCAUCCAAUUAAAAGAUAUAAACCCAAACCCACUUUACGACAAAAAUAAAAGACUGAACAAAAUGGCUAUUAAAUUACAAUUAACAAAAAUGAGCAACAUUUUCAAUGAUUAUUUAUUAUUUAAACAAUUAUUUUGUUAUAAAUAUGCCCCCUGUUUCAAGAUUGAAUCCCCUAACUCAAUUGUCAGUCUCAUCUCAAGGUUUAUCUACAGUCAAUGGGUUAAUUUUUCCAAAGCGUUUUAUAAGUUUGUGGCCUUAAACUUUGCUACUCGUUGUAGUUUUUUUUUUUCACAAUCUGUAAAUAUUAGUGUAAUUCUGUGUACAAAUGAACAGAACAUUUGUAAAUAAAAUGUAUAAAUAAACGUCUGUUUAUUUAAUGGUU